GAGCUUUUAUGUUUUAUACUUGACCCAAGUUCUACACAGAUCACAGAUCCUCUAACUUGUUCUGUCGGUACUGGCCAGUGAUACGUCCAAGUACGCUUAGUACGUCUCUGUACGUCACAAAACGUCCUUCUGUAUGGUUGUGUUUCAAGUUAUUGCUCUUUCAAUUAACACAAGGUAAUAAGGAUCAAGAUAUCCAUAAUGAUGGCUGUAUUAUUCAAUAAUGAAGUACUGUGUGCUAAGAAAUGGCUGUAGACUUGGAUCCAAAUGAUCCUGAAAUACGUUUAUCACAAUUUCUUUAUGUUGGGAAAGAAUAUCCUGAUUAUCAACCUGGAAACUGGUUUGUCCAUAAUUACUUUUUAGCUAAAAAUGUUCCAUGUAUAGAAGAACUUGCAGAAAACAUAGAGAAACAACUGUUGCCAGUUGAAAUUAUUACAAAGGCAUUUGAAAGUAAUCUAGUUCCAAAUCCAGAAACACUAGUAUUUGCUCUUGCUGUUUGCUGUAGGCAAAUGAAAAGUGAAAGUUUACGUCAUGCAGCUUAUGUAGCUUUAAACAAAAUUUGUGUAUUGCCACAACAUUUUAUUUUGUUUAUAAAAUUUGCAUCCCAAAUAAGUAAACAAAAAGAACUUGAUGCUACCAGUAGUUCAAAGCAUGGGUGGGGUCAGGGUUUAAGGAAAGCUGUAAAUAAUUGGUAUCUGUCAAAGACUCCAAUGGAAUUGGCAAGGUGUGUUACGAGAUAUAAAGGCAGAUAUGGUUGGAAACAUAAAGAUAUUAUAAAACUAUCACAUCCUGUGUCCAAAAAUCCUGGUGAAGAAAUUGUUUUUAAAUACAUAAUACGUGGUUUGGAAGAAAUUAAUAAAUCAUCUGAAGAAGACAUAGAAUUGACAGAAAUAAUAGAAUAUAUUAAACAUGUUGAAGAUUUUAAACAUUGCACGGACGAAGUUCGGGCUGCAGGUCUUUUAGAAACGUACAAAUUGACUUUAGAUCAUGUACCUGGACAUUUGUUGAAGUCUAAAGAAAUUUGGAAUGCAUUAAUACCAUCAAUGGAUUUGCACACACUUUUGACUAAUCUGCAGAGAAUACAUAAUCUUGAAUUAUUAAAACCAGACUCACCAACAAUUUCAAAAAUAACAGAACAACUUAUUAAUGAAGAGAAGAUUGCCCAAAGUAAAGUUCAUCCAGCAUUAGUAUUAGUUACUGUAAGGAAUUAUGAAAACUCUGGGAAGCCACUAACAUACGAAAAAAGAAAAAUCAGAGAACAGUUUGAAAAACCUUUGCCAUCUCCACCUAAACCGAAUUCUAAAAUCAUUGCUGCUCUCUAUAAACUGUUAAAUCUUUCAUUUUGUCAUAUUCAACCAACUGGUCUACGUUACAUGGUAACAAUUAAUAUGAACAAAGUGAUGUUGGAAACGCAUGCUUGGCGUAGCGGAAAUGUAAAUGGUGCCGAAGCAGGAUGCAUGAUAGCACUUGCACUUCUUCGUAGCGAGAAGAAUGUCACCAUAGCAACGUUUAAACAUGUUGGAGUUCAUACUGUAAAUAUCGAUAAAACUGCUUCCUUCCGUCAGGCUAUGAGGAGACUGCAACAUAUGCCUGUUGGAAAUGUAAAUUUGGGUAAACCAAUGGCGUGGGCCGCUUAUCAAAAUAAUAAAUAUGACGUAUUUAUUAACGUCGUUGAUCAAAUAUUCGAAAAAACUGAUACUUCUGAAGAAGCUCUACAGGCAUACAGAACUAAAGUUAAACUUCCAAAUGCAAAGUUAAUAAAUUGUGCUGUAUGUUCUUCAUCGACGUAUCGUAAGAAGAAAAUUGACAAAAAUAUUUUGACAAUUAAUGGUUUUGAUGCUACAGUCCCUAUAAUUAUACAGGCAUUUGCAAAAUCUCUCUUUUAAUUACUGUACACAAAACAGUUGUUUCUUUGGCAAGGAGUACUAACUAAUUAUGCUACAUGAUUUUUAAGACAUUGUCAAUUAAGGAAUACGUCAAAAUAUUUAAAUUAUUACGAUCAGACUCAUACUAAAUAGUUUCCAAUAAUUCAUAAAUGCUACUAGUCUGAUACUUAUGAAGUAGUCAAAGCAUGCAAUAGUUAAAUAACAAGUUCUUCAAAGUACUUUAAAAUUAGAGAUACAGUUACUAUCAACAUAAAAAGUUUACUGUUCAGCUAUUAAAACAAGAAAAGAUGAUUAUGAAAUAAUAUGACGCAAGUAUUCAAAGAAAAAAGAUACUAAUAUUUUUAAAAAAUGUCAAAAAUGAAAUUUGUUUUAAAACAGUGCCGAAAAAAUUUAAUUGGAAAAGAUUUUUCUUUACAGUUUUGUAUUAAUAUUCUCAAAACUACCGAUUGACAUUAUAUAUUUUAGUUUAGUACAAAGCCAUAUUUGUAAGAAAUUAUAUACGUUUUGCUUUUAUUUAAGUUUGGUGUGAUGAAGGAAAGAAUGGUUCGGCACAUGACGUUAAUUAUUUCUCUAAUUCUUAACAUUAUAAUUAUCUCAUAUUAAUACUAAUAUCUCAAUAUUAUUAAAUAUUUACUGCAUGUUUUUAGCAUUUAGGAUGAGCUGUGUAACUUUUGAUAUAAUUUUAUUUACGUUUCGAGAGUGGUCCACUGAACUCUGUAAAUAUUUAUUUACAACGGAUGAUACACUGAUAAAUGAAUUAAUAAUUGACAAGUAAAUGAAUGUGAUACAUCUGUGAUCGACCAUUUAAUUAGGUAAACGAAGACAUUUCAAAUGACUUGGACCACUUUAUAUCAUUUACCAACAGGUAUACGUUUACUGAUAUAUAGUUUUCCAUUUUAUAAAAUCCGUUGCGCAGCUGAAAAGAAAUUAGGAUAAGACUGCAUAUUAGAUACGAAAUGAGUAUCUAAAACAGCCUAUGGGGUCAUUUUAAACUAAUAGUAAAAGAUGCCUAUUAACAAUAAAGGUGUCUGUAAAAUCUCUAUGGAGACAUUUAGUUAUAAUGUAAUUUUAAGGUAAUACACUUUUAGGAUUGGUGCACUCCUGGAAGUUUGAAUUAAAGUUAAAAAAAAAAGAGAAAAAAAAACUAGAACGUUGAAAAUUUUCCCACUGUGAUAUGCAUUUAGCCCCAAAGAAUAUAGACUUACAUUAGUAUAAUUUUACUGUUAUAUUUCAUAUUUGCCAUAUCCAAAGUAAAUACGACAAAUACUAAAUACACUACUAAUAUAAUACUGUGAUACAAAGUACAUUGUUAUUGUUCAAACUAGGAGAAAAGAUAAGUAAAAAAUAAAACCAGGGGUGCACCAUAUGCCUGUUUCAUUUGUUGAUUAGUACAUCUAUUAGCACAUUAAUUUUUGUUAAAAAAAUACAAUUUUCAGAGAUACCUCUAAAUCAUGUAAAUCGAUCUUUGAAUUACCAUUAUAAAAAAGAACCUUUAGUUUCUAAUGUGAAAAAAUAAGUUUUUUCUUAAAGUAUAUCGUAAAAAGUACAGCGUGGAUGAAUUCUCAGGUUUGACAAACGUUUAAAUUAAGUGCCUAAAUAUUCAAGUGUUCUUUGCAGCCAGAGCUCGGUAAUUCAUAGAUCGAUGCCAAUCGUGUAUCAUUAAUUUUAGUACACACAUAAAUAUAGAUAUAUAGCGAUAUUUUAGUUUCUCCUACAUAUAGAAGAAACAAAAUUUAAUCGGAUAAAAGUGUAUUAGCGUUAAUAUUUUUCCGAAUUGAAGUUCAUCUUGUAAUCUUUAAUCUUAGUUGCGCGACACCUUGUAUGAAUUUUUUAAAUUCAUGCAUUGUCGAAAAUAAUAGUAUUUUUUAGAGAAAUUUUUUCUAAUCGAAGUUCAUGGAUCAAUAAUACGCUUGAAAGAAGAUUAUUUAUACAUAACGAAAUCUCGUUUCGUUCUCUGAAAUGGGAGGGUAAAAAAAAAAGAAUUUUUUUUAUAAAGCUAUUGCAGUAAUAGAUAUCAAAAUAUUUUUAAAAGUCGCGCAUCUAACUACUAUUUAUGCAUUAAGGGUAACAGGCCGUAUAAUACAUUUAUAUUCGUAGCUUAUUAUAUUCAAUGAUAUCACGUAAAAGUAGCUUAAUUAUACGUGCUAUUAUCUAACGAUCGAAGAGAAUAAUCUUACGUUUGGAAACUGUCAUUUUUUAACUGCCAUUUUUUAUGUACUAAACAUUCUAAUUCUUGAAUUAACUUUAGUGUUGCUAUUAAAACUUAAAGCAAUUAAUGCUAAUAUUAGGAUUGUUCGUAUAAAUUUUAAUUGGUAUAUUUUUAAUCAGUUUAUUGAACAAUGAUUAGUUUAAUCAUUUUAUUUUGAUAAAAUUUUCUUAAUUCUACUUUCAAAUCACGAUAAAAUUUCUUCUCGAUCGUAUCGAAUAAAGAAGAAGAGAAAGUUAAAAAUCUGAAGGGUACUUUUAAAUUCAUACUUCUCUUUCAAAGAUACACUGACUUCAGGUUGUGCUGUUUUGUUUGAUUAAAACCUGAAAAAUAAUAUGUUAAAUGUGUUCGCUAAGUUAAAAAAAAAAUAAUAAGAAAGAUAUUUACCGCAAGAAAAAUGAUGGAAUCGAAAAUUCCACGUUACAUAGUAAUUAAAUAACAUACAGUGAAGUCUCGCUAUUUGGCCCACUAAGCGAGUUACCUUGCACGUUAGCGUCAAGGAUGUGCGUAUCAUCUCGAAUCUCGAAAACUCAACAGUUUUAAUUGAGAAAAUUAUCUAAAUCUUACAAUUUGAAAAUUUGUAAGUUAUAUCAGAUUUUCUUAUUUAAUUUCGGCAAUUCCGGUGCAUUCACAAUGGGCAUUUACUGUAUACAUUCUUUACAAAAAUUGCACGGAAUAUGAAUAGUUAUCGGCAGUGGAAGGAGCUCCAUUCUACGUGGCUCAUUUCACAUUUAUUCACUCCUUGAUCCCUUGCAGGACCAUAUUAGCGAGAUUGCACUAUAAUAGCAGUCAAGAUAUACUAUUUACACAAAGUGUCGAGUAAUCUUGAUUACGUUAUACUUUUUUUUAACACAAACGAGAAUGAGAUCAGCUUCCUUGGUAAGAAUAAUGUGUUACAAAUCGUUUGUGUUACGAAUAUGUAUUCUCAGAUGAAGUCUCGAAGUAGAGAUAAAUACAAUGACAAAAAAUGUUCCUUAGGAUUAAUGAGAUUCAAAAAAUGGAAGGUUAUUGUAUCAACAUUUUUAGUGCAUUACCCAUCAACGAAUCCGAUAAAGGAAUGCUCAAAAACCAUCAUUUUAUAUAAAUCUUCUGAUAGAAUGCCAAAAAAAAGAACAUUCAAUUUUUACGUUUAUUCCGAACAAUAUUAAUGGGUUCAAAAUGGGUCUGCGCUAAUAAUGUUUGCAAAAAAGGAAAUAUUUAAAUCACGGUUUACAUGGAAUGCCUACUUUUCGGCCUUACUUUUUUAUGAAAAAAAGAAAAACAAAAAGUACGAAUCUUUCUGCAAAGUAGACAUUCAUUCGACAACUUUUAAAGUUGUAUAGAUGUCGACUAUUUAUUGUCCACGAUUGUAUGACGAUACAUGCUUUUAUGCUAAAAAAAAAAGUAUUACUAUUUUUUAAUUUCUUUUUUCUAAUCGUUAUUUUUGUAAAUUAUAAAACCAAAAUCUGUAUUGCGGAAGAAAAAAACAAUCAUAUGAAAUUCAUUACAGAUUUCGCUAUAUACUGAAAAAUGAUUGUUGCGUAUUUCCAAUGUUAUUUUUGUACCUAAAAUGAUCUGUAUACUUUACAAAGAUAUUUAGUAAACGAAUCGCUAUGAUAUAAACUUAAAUAUCAAAAGAAGUUAUACGAAAGAAUAUGUUAUAUUAUUAUUAUUAUUAUUAUGUCUGUUAAUAUUAUAUUUCGAUACAAAAACACAAUAGACGAUCGAAGUUACAGAGAACGAAUCCCGUCUAUGAAGUUUCAACUGUUUUUGUUACAAGAUCAAACUGCAUAUCUUCAAAUAAAAUUUGUUCCAAAUUUA